AUGAAGUCAGUUCAUUUUUAGUUGCCUGACCCUCCCUUGCCUUUUCCAUUUGGAUAUUCUUACAACACCCGAGUUGAUACGAUUCCAUAUCUCCCAGAUUCACUUGCCAACCAAAGAGAAUAAACCCAAACAUCUAAGAAUGAUUAUACCUUCUAAAAUCUUCCCAAUGAGUAGGAAAUCAUCGAUAAGAAAUAAACAAUUGAAGAUCCUAAGAGAAUUUCUCAUGUAAGAUACUUACUUGGAGAUUCGUCAUUAGUGUAAGUAAUUAGUGGGGAAAAUUAACAAAUGAAAUCUACUACAGGUUAGAAGAUAGAUUUUGGGUCUAUUCAACCCAACCUGAGGAAAUAAAUUGAAAUUGCAAAAACCAUAAGUAAUCCCUCUGGAAAGUAAUUUUAAGAACUAUUAGAAAAAUUACUAUCAAUAAUAUCUUCAUAAUAGUUCAAGGGGAUAAGCUAGUUGAUUUUAGAUCCAGAAUUUAAUGGGAUCAUUUUUUAAAUAAGAGCUCUAUCAAAUCUAGAUAUUUUGUAUAAAAUCUAAUUUGAAGAGAUAAUUAAUUGUAUAUUUAAGCAAGAGGAGAAAUUAUAAUUUUAAGAAUUGGUUAGAGAAAUGACUAAAGAUGCCUACAUGUAUUGGACGGAACCACUGUAUUAUGAGGUUCAAUAAAGAUAAAUACCUCAGGCAAAAUGGAAAUAAUUUAUUUAAAGUUAAAUAACUUUAUAUAAUAUGUGA